UAUGUCUUUUGUCUGUGGUCUGAGUUAGUGCUUGGUGUUGGUGUGUUCAUUUAUGUUUUGAUAUUUCGAUACAAUAUAAAUUUUAACUUACUAAAAGAAUGAAAGACGUGAUUGAUGUAAUGGCUCUACAAAGUAACAGACGUGAGCGACGGCUAGUGGACUACCGAGGCGGGCCUGGUCAUAGUUUAGCGACAAACUUCAUUUUCGAAUGCGGUAUCAAACUAGGCUUACAACCGGCUACCGUUGCUACGGCAGCGAUAUUCUACCACAAAUUCUUCAAAGAGGCUGACAAGAACGAUUAUGACUGCUACGUGAUUUGUACUUCUUGUCUAUGUGCAGCUGGAAAGUCACGAGAUGAGCCAGUGCGGUUACGAGACGCAGUUAAUGUAGCUCACAAUUCUAUUAACCGUGGAGCUGGUCCUUUGGAACUGGGCGAAGAGUAUUGGUCUUGGAGAGGUGCUGUGGCUCAAGCGGAACUGCUUGUACUGCGUUUACUUGGGUUUAACUUAGAUGCGCCUUCACCUCAUAGAUAUUUGCUGCACUAUUUACGAUCACUUCAAGAAUGGUUCCCCGCUUCACAGUGGCGAUCUGCACCGAUAGCUCGAACUGCCAUGGGUUUUUUACAAGAUUUCCAUCAUUCUUCAUCUAUACUUGAGUACAGAGCACCUCAUAUUGCAGUUGCUUGCCUAACCUUGGCUUUACAUGUACUUGGCGUGUCAGUACCGUUGGCAGCAACAUUAGAUGAUGAUGCAGCAUGGUAUUCUGUUUUCACAAAGGAUUUACAAAAGGAGAAGAACUGGGAAAUAAUGGAGAAAAUAAUGCAAGUUUAUAGUAAAGAGCCAGAACCAAUAUAAUUAAAAAGUAAUAUUUUAAGUUCUGACCUAGCUGAUAAGAUAAAUACUGUUCAAAUAAAGUUUUUUGCCAAACAAA